CUCAAGUCUUUGUAUGUAUAUAAUAAUUACCUUCCAUCUGAUAUCAGAAACCAACACAACCGAAUAUUUAAACGGUCAUUCAGAGCACACUAACUUUCACUAGUUCAGAUCAGACCUGAAAGAUACCAUAAAUUAAUACACCAUUGGUAUUCAUCUUCCUUUGAGAAAAGAACAUGUCAUUUCUUGCUUAUUAUUUCAUCCUCUACCUAUUUGUUUCCAUGCAUGAAUGUACUUCCCGCCAUCUUGGCAUGAUCGACAAGGAAGCCGAAAAUCAUCUUACUAGCAAGAAUACAACAGAAAUAAUGGCUGAGCACCAAGGAAGAAACUUUAUUAAGAAUCAUACUGAACAAAAGGAGAUCAAACUUGAGUAUCUUUUGAUUGGGAAGAAGAUGGGUAGAGUUACAGGACGUGAUGGGGUGCAAGUUACUCAAAGGGAAACCAAAUUGGAGGGAUGGAAAAAUCAUGGUCGAUCAGCAAUGGAGUCAAAGCAUGAAGAACCGGCUAUUAAUAAUGCCAAAGAUGAUCGCGUUUCCGAAGUUGUAGUCAUGGACUAUGCACUGCCACAUCGUAAACCACCUAUCCACAAUAUAGAGCCAUAAACUGCCUUUGUUAAUCAUGUGGGAAAGAAUUAAAGGGAGUAUGUCAUUGCUUUACACACUUUUGCUUUUAAAAUUUGUUAGGCCUUGUAUUUGUAAGAUUAUACGUUUGGGUGUUGUAUGUUGUACACAACCCUAAGGGGGAGAUCUCUACUUUGUUUUGUUUCUAUGAUGUGUGACAUGAUAAGUUG